AGGAAGCCUUUGUCCCUCAGACUGGUUGCCCGCUGUGCGGAACUGUGGCGCGGAGCAGGCUGCGCUAAAGGGAGCCGCGUGCUCAGGGGCUGCAAGCAAAGGAAUGUGAACGGCUGGGAUAGGAGCGGAGUGGCGUGGAUCCUGCGGACUGAUCGAGCCACUCGCACGGCGGUGCAAGUUCGCUUGAGAGCAGCUCCGUGGGCAGAAGCGGAACACGCAUACAUCCACUUUCUCCAGAAGAAGGGGAGGGGGGAACAGAAGGAGACAAGGGCAGAGCACCCGGUUCCAGUUGCCUCUCCCUUUCCCUCUUUGCAAGGAUCUGCUGCUGCAAUAUGACUCUGGAAGAGCUCGCUGGAGACCAUCAGACUUUGGGAAGCAUGGAGAAGGUAGGAGAUGCCUUGGAAGAGGUCCUAAGCAAAGCCCUGAGUCAGAGAACCAUCACUAUUGGAGUAUAUGAGGCUGCCAAACUGCUCAACGUGGAUCCAGAUAAUGUAGUGCUUUGUCUGCUGGCUGCAGAUGAGGAAGACAAUCAGGAUGUUGCUCUACAAAUUCACUUUACCCUGAUCCAAGCAUUUUGUUGUGAGAAUGACAUUAACAUACUCAGAGUGAGCAAUCCAAACCGGCUAGCUGAGUUGCUGCUCUUAGGAGCGAGUGGGGGAGGUGAGCAGCCUGCUGACCUGCACUGCAUACUUGUGACGAAUCCACAUUCUUCUCAAUGGAAGGAUCCAGCCUUGAGUAAGCUGAUCUGUUUUUGCCGGGAAAGUCGUUUCAUGGAUCAGUGGGUCCCAGUGAUCAAUCUUCCUGAACGGUGACAGUAUAUGGACUAAGUUGAACUGGAUUUUGAAAAAUUUGCACUGAAGUUUAAAAUACUUUAGAAGUUUGCUCAGGAAGUAAUUUCUCAGCAUAACACAAGGAUUACAGUAACUGUUAUCAAGUGGGUAGGUUAAGGUUGAGCUGUACAUUGUGUGAAACUGAAGGAAGUUUGUGCUGUUGGGAAAAGUCAGAUCUGAAAGCAGAAGCUGUGUUUGAAGGUGCAAUAGGAAGUACAUGGAGGAAGUCAGGCCUCUAUGAGAAGGUUCUGAAAGGAAGGUGGCAAAAUUCCUUUGAAAACACACCAAAUGCACUUGGUUAGAGUUGUAAACAAGCAACUUUUUGUUUCCAUUUCUAGGUAUCUUAUAAGCUAAAAUGGUUAAUAAUUUUUAAAACCAUUCUAUUUAGUUUCUUAGUUUUUAUUCUAAGAAACAUUAAAUUAUUUUCUGAUAUUAAUGAAAGAUUUAUUUAUGUUAGGAUUUUUAAUAGCAUUUUACUUGUACCACAUGUAUUAAAAUGUUUUAAGAUAUGCAUUAAUAAAUUGUUUGAAAUUGGACUGUUCACUGAAAUAAAAAAUUUAAAAGCAA